AUGUAUACCAACAGUCGAGGCUCAUGUACCAAAAUGCAGAGAUCCCUGGAAAGCUAUGAUAGAUCCACUUGGAUGGAAAGGGACGAGAUAUCCUACAACAGGUUCACGGAGGGCUUGCUUGAUGAAGCUGAGACCUGGGUGACGAAGAAUUUCGAGGACAUGCAAAGUGCCCUGGAGCCAGUUGUCUUAAGCGAGCCUAAGCGGCAAUAUGACAUGAACGAGUUCGAGCGCAUGCUACGCAUGAACGAGCAGGAGAAUGAGUGGUUGGAUGCGCAGCGGCGGAAGACCGAUGAGCUGAUGGACGUCCACGUCCGGCUGGUGUCGCGAUCCACAGCAAGCAUGGCCGAUUCCAUCGCCAGGGUUAAGCAGGCCUUGACGUCGCUGGUCAACGAGAUCGCCGAAGGACUGCGUCGGCACAACAAGCUGGUGAAAGAGCACGAAGCCACAGAGGCCGAGCUCUAUGAUCUGGCCCGGAAGCAGAAGCUACUGCAAACGGCUCUUGAGGAGUUCGAGGUGCGCAAGAAAGAAGCCACCGACAGGUACGCUCGAGAGCUGGAGACCCUGAAGACCGAGUACGGAAAGCUGAAGCGAGCAGUGGAGACCGCUCAGUCAGCUCUGGUCAAGGACAAGGAGAGGUACAACCAGUUCUGGAGAAAUCUACUUGCAUCGUUGAAGUCCAAAAUCUCGGAUCAGCUCGAUGUCUUGGGGCAGGCACACAUACAGCGCAUCCGACGGCAGUGCGAGGUUCACGAGCGCCAAGGCAUCAUGAGGCGCAGCACGCUGGAGAAAGAGAUCCAGGAGCUCAGACGGCGUCUGAAGGAAAGGCGGAAGUACCUCAAGGAAGUGAGGAUACGUCAAGAGCUGACGGACCUGCGACAGGAACUCUACGAAGCGAGGCUGCUUCUCUUUGAGCUGAAUGCGCGAGCUGGGGAAGUGUCGGAGACUGGCGAUCCAGCAGAGGGAGAAGUGCUGCGAAAGCUGUGGAAGACAGGCGAUGCAACCAAGAUGCCGGAGUCAGGACUGCUUCCCCUCUUAGUCCAGCAGCUCCAGAUUCAGAGGCAGUGGCUGCUGGAUCGGGGUCAGGGCUUUUCUCUCAGUCUGCGACGACUCCUUCCGAAAGGAAAGCCGCUGCUCUCAAGCCCAACGUCUUUGCUGCAGCUGGUUUCGGAGGUCUUGCAGCAAAGAGAGCUCGAUGCCAGUGAAAUGUCUCGAGAAAAGCUGACAAAGGUUUUCCGGUCGGAGCUCACACGCCAGCGUACGGAGGUCUUGAGUCUCGUCAUGGACAUGCAGCAGGGCCAGAUGGACAUUAGCGGCCUGCUGGCCUCUGAUGAUGUCUACGUUGCCUUGGAGGAGUCCCUCCGUUCCCUGGAGGCCACCAGAAGAUCCCAGGAAGCUCUGGUGGAGAGCUGGACGCGCCUUUCCAACCACUCAAGCACGGACUCCACGAACUUCACGUGGGUGCAAGAAGAGCUGACUGAGAAGCUUGAGGACUUGCAGAAAGGUUUGACACUGGCAGAAACGUCCACCAAAUGGCUGCAGGCACCGACGCAGAACAGCUCUCUGGUCCUGGCAGACCUGACGACUCGAGAGGAGAUGCGCUGGCUCACGGACCUGACCCUGAAGCUGGGAGAGCGGUGUGGGCGGCUCCGGGCUGGAGCUCUGCUGGUGGAAGAGGCGCAAGACAAGGAUGCGUCGGAGGGAGCCUACCAAGCCGUCGGAGGCUUGCUGAUGGGCCUCCCCGCAGUCGUCGAUGAGGACCUGGUCGCCCUCAGUCAGACCUGGACGAAGCGCGUGCAGCUGAAUCUGGAGAAGCGGCAGAAACUCCAUGGCGAGUUGGCGUCUGCGUAUCGCCGCCUCUCUGUGCAUCAGGGCGGACAGAGCGUGAAGUCUGUUUUCGAGGGCGUGGACUCGUUGAAGAUCAUGUUGGAAGAUGCAGAGUUCGCUGAGACAGGAGCACAGGACGACAUGACCCCCGCUGAGCUCCUCAGCAUUCUCCAUGCCACUGCUGCGCGUGUUUUCCAGCAAAGCGAUUCUUAUCAUUGGGCCAUGGUUGGACUGGGCGGCUUAGAUUCCAUGGCCUCAGAGGCAGUGGUGCACGAGCAGGCCGUUCGAGCACAAACAGCCCCUCGCGUCGCCGAAGAAACCUCCGGAGAGGAUAUGAUCUCAUUCUCAAACACGAACUUGCUGGAUGACUUCUCCUCUAUGGAUGAUCUUCAAGGACAGAUCACGCAGCUGGCAGAUUUGGAUCAAGAGGUUGUCAACCAGCUGGCUGAGGGCUUCAAGCUGCCUGCUCAUGUCGAGCCUGCUCUGAUUGAGGCUGAGGGAGACGAGGAGGAUAUUCUGGAAAGCGGAGAAGAAGAGUUUCGAGAAGAGGAUGAAGAAGAGGCUGCGGACGAGCCAGAUCUGCCCAUCACAGCCGCAACGACAGAGCCUGUCAUGCCUCCAGACCCGGGCUUGCCCGCAGUGGAGGAGAUCGGUCUCGAACAGGGCGCUGUUGAGCAAGGACGAGGCAUGGGAGAUGAAGACUUUGAUGCCGAAGCAGACGCAGUUGAAAUGCACGAAGACGUUGGAAGCUUUCAUGGCAGCGGCUAUGAGAGUCCUUCGGGCCCUGGGCUGCCAGAAGCGCCAGAGUCACCACGGACGCCGCGGACGCCGCGGACCCCUUCCAGCCCCAAAAGCAGCGGGAAGCCGAAGGCUUCCAAGGACGCCCAGAGCCCCAAAAGCUCCAAGACCAAGGCUCAGGGCGCUCAGGAGCCGGCCAGCCCGAAGACUCCCAAGAGCCCGGGAAGUCCCCAAAGUCCCCGAAGUCCCCAAAGCCCGAAGAGUCCAAAGAGCCCGAAGCGGUCGACGACCCUCAGGCAAGCGAGCCGUGAGGAGAGCAGCUCACGAUCGAUCCGAGGACAGAAGGAGCCCAUGCCGCCCGCAGCCGCGGACGUGGCCCCGCAAGCGGAGCUUCUGGCACAGACAGGGCAGGCAGAACUGCUGGCCGAGGAUGUCUCGGCUACGUGUGAAGAUCCUGUUAACGAUGGUCCGUCCCGGCCCAUGUCGCAACCGAGCAUGGCUGCCAUCUGGACAACGGAAGAGGUCAGCCACCAUGGGCUGGAGGACCCGGAUCCCAUGGAGGUGAUUGACAGCAACAGGACAAUCUCUCCCAGGAGGCCCUCGACUCGGGUUCCCGUGGCGAACCUGAUCAAGCAGGAUCUCCUUGGUGCCGGCAAGUUGCAGGUCCAGGACGAGCUGGAGGUUCAUGCAGACCCGCCGUCCGAAGAUCUUGCUGAGAGUGUCCGGGAUACAGCCACCAUUCCCGGCGACUCCUUGCCGAGCCUCGCAGAAGCUCCGAAAGAAGACAUGGGCGCUAAGACUCCUCCUGGGGCAGUGCCGAGUAGAACCGAUCUCCAGGAUGGCAUGCCAACCCGCAGCGGUGAGACGGACAACACGUCGCCGAGGCCACCAUUUGCUGCUCCACCUGACGCUGGCGCACAGAAGCAGGAGAAGGAUCAGGCAUUGGUGGAAGCGGGCGCGCAGGGGUGCGACGAUGUGGGCAUAGAGAGCUCAGCCGAGAGUUCGGCGGCGAGCGCCCUCGACCACUUUGCCGACGAAGGGCGUCCUGAAGGCCCCGCCCUCGCAGAGCUCCGUCUGGCGGGCGAAGUGCCGCGAGCGGUCUUGGAGAAGGAGCCACAGGAGCCCAAUGCUUCGGACCUGCUGCGACGGCAAGUGUCAUCGCCGUCACAGUCCUCACUUCCCGACGUGUCCCCCAUGCCUUCUGCAGAGAUCCGCAGUGCGGGCAUGGUGAUGCAGGCCGACCAGACCGAAAGCACCGAGACCCUGGCCACCUGGGUGGCAGCUAACAUCUCACGGCGUUUGAGCGCAGCUGGCGAGAGUAUGGAGCCGGGCGGUGCUGUCCAUAUCGGAGAAACAGAAGCGUCGCGGCGCCUAUCUUCAGUGCGUUCUGGACUUGGCAUUGGGGGACCGGCCAGCCCCACUUCCUCCUCGGGCCUUCAGCAAGGCAAGAAGAAGGCACGUCGUCCGAAAGCAUUGACACGACUCGGACAAAGUGAAGAUGAAGAGAUCCUUCCAUCGACAGAUACCCAGGAGGACGCGAUGCCGGAGGAGGUCAUGCCAGAGGAGAAUGUAGAUAUAACCCCAGAGGAUGCAAAGUGCACUGCUGCGGCCACUCCGAGUGGGCUGGCGCAGCGAGUUCCGGAGAGUGCACCGGCUCCUGUGGCCCGGAAGGUGCCAGCAGCACCUGUGCAACCGCAGCUGGCCGCCGGCGAGAAGGAAAUGGAAAUGGAAGAGGGGAAGGACGAGGAGGAAAAAGAAAAGGAGGAGGAUGUGGUGGAGCAGCCACGUGACUACGAGAGGCCCAAGAGGAUUGACCCUCACAACACUGCUGCAUCUUUGAUGACCGGCCGCAGCCAAAAUGCGGAUGACCUGGAGAAGAUGGCGCUCGCGGACAUGGCUGGUGACGCCUUGGCCGUGGCCGCCUACGCACAGUCGGCGCUGGAGAGCUUCCAACCGGCCUCGGAGUCUUCAGGGUCAGCCAGCCCUGUCAGCCCCUUGUCCACGCGCUCGCUGCAUUCAUCGCGCUCGCCACAGCGCAGGCUGCCCAAGCAGCCGGCAGCGGAUGGCGCACAGGUCACGGCCACGUCACCGUCACCGGUGCCGAGCAACGUCAACGUUUUUGCCGGGGAUGCGAUUACAGAGGAGCCGAAGUUCAACGAGGCGAUCUUGACGUUGGAUGCAGAGGCGACAACCAGCCGCAACGCCUGGGCUGGCAAGGCCGUUUCAGGCCGGCUGCCAAAGAAGAUGUCCAUAGGCAACAUUGAGCUGGAAGACGACCUCGGCUGGCUCAACGACACAGACGACCAGGCCAUCAAGACAGCCACAGCCAGCCUCACGCUGGCAAAACCUGGCCGUUUGCUGCCGCGCUCGGGCACGCAUGGAGUCGAGGCCGAGGAUAUGCCGAUCCUGUCCGUGGCGCAGCUAUCACCGCGCGUCUCUCAAGAGUUGAUGCAGGAUGAUGUUAGCGAGCUGCAUACCGAGGACGAGCCCAAGCGGCGCAGGCAGCUGUCGGCAGACGUGCCCGUCCGCACCAUCGAAAGGCAGCCUGCAAAGGACCCUCGGCAUGGCGAAGCGCUCGUGCUGCUGGAUGCGCAGGAAUCAAGCAGCCGUCACAACAACUGGGCUGGCCAGUCUGCCUCAGGCCCAAGUCAGCGAGGAGGCAGCGAACUAGGCAACCAGACAAAGCAGCCCUUCAUGACCCGCUUCGAGCUCAAGGGUGACCUCUUGACGAGUGGCGCUGGCGACCAGGCCGACCGGAUGCCACACCGCUCCGCGCUCAAGCCACGCCGGGGCAAGCCCCGCUCUAGCGCACAGGGCUCCGGCAAGGGUGGAAAAGGAGCUCGUCGUCCACAGGAGGACUCGAGGCCCGGCAAAGCCGCCGUGGGAGUGCCAGAGGUGGACUCAGCAAUCGUGGCCGCCGUACUUGCAGAAGCAGAGGCCGAUGGAGAAGGUCCUGAGGAGGCUGAGGAGCCAGAAGCCCAGGAAGAGAUCCUGGAGGCAGAAACCAAGCCGAGCGAUAGUGAGAAGGUGAAGGUCGAGGUAAACGAGGAGGCAGAUCCGAAGGACAACUUCUCCCUGGCCCGAAAUGCGUCCAAGACGGCCGUUAACAAGCGGUACGUCGUUGCAUCUGCGGGCAAAAAGGCCCUGUUCCAAAGCAGAUCUUUUCGUAUGCAAGAUGGCGAUGUUCCGGCUCCACAGCUUCCAACUUCGGGAGUCUCGGAUUUGCCAGAUCCUGGUGAGUCCGGAGAAGCUCCUGUCCUGAUCGAGUCGACGGAGUCGACUUCCCAGUCUCAGACUGAGCCGGCGAAGAAGAGGUGGAAAUUGGGUACCCUGGCUGUCCAGGCCGUGCUGCGACUUCGAUCGGAGGCCCCCUCGCCGCCACCCCAGCGUCGCGACAGCGGCCAGUCGAACGUCAAAAAGACACAGAUAGUCAGGGAGUUGGAGCCGCCGCCUCCACCACCUGAGAGCAUCACCGCUCCGACAGCGCCAGCGACGAAACCCAGACCCAAAGUGCAGAAAGUGGAUAAAGCCAGCAAUGAGACAGUGUCGAAGACGGAAGAAAACAACUCCAUCCAGACGCUCCAUGAGGCACCAGCGGCCCCUGAGAACGGUGUCGAUGACGGCAUCAACAGCGAGGCGAAGGCACUGCAGGAUGUCCCGCAAGUUCUUCUGCCAAACUUCGCCGCCGCCUCGCUGGACAACGGGGCAAGCCUGGCCUUGACCGCCGCGGCGAUCCAGGCAAUGCGCUCAUUGGACGAGCCCGACUUGUCCCAUUUCCGAAAGUCAGAAGCCAGGCUGCUGUCGGCGGCUCGCACGCAGACAACCGGCUUUCUGUCCCACGACAGCUCUCGCAUCACUUUCUUCUCGGCCAAAACCGACUCGGCCAACUCUACAGCCGGCUUCUCGCCGUAUACCUCGCAGACGGAUCUCCUCAAGAAUGCAUCUGGCACUACGCUCUCAUACCAAAGCUCUGCGGCCAAGCUCUCCAUAGCAUCGAUUGAAGAGGAGGCAGGCUCCAACCCGUCUGCCCAGGCCAAGGUGACAGCCAGCGAGGCUGAUGCCCAGUGGCCAACAGUGGGAGCACUCGAGGAGGAGCUCAUUGGAGGCAUCGUGGCAAGCCCAAGCCCCGAGCCUGACGACGAGGAUGCAGAAGCGAUGACCGGCUUUGGCUAUGUUCUAGAGAUGCGCAAGCCCCCGCCGGCGAUCUCCACGUCCCGGCGUGGCAGCAUCAAGGUCUUCGACGGGAAAGUAGCACCAGAAGGCCUCGGCCAGCCCACACCGAGCCUGGUCUUGUCAAACUUGGCCAAGCCCUCGCCGCGACAGCCUGCAUCAGCGCGGGGCGCGAGAGAGUUGUCAGGUGCAACGAGGAGACGACCAGUUUACAGCUGA